AAGCGAGCAACGUGAUUGGCCCAGGCCUCGGAAAGAGUGCCCGGGGAUCCAAAUGUACAGGCCGCGUUUAGCUUAGUGUCGAAAAAAUAUACCCAAACAAUAACAGACAAAACCGAGAAAGAAGAAAUAACGACGAUAUAUUUGAAGGAGUCCAUAAUCAGGGUUCUCUCCCCCGAUGGAAGGAAGAAACACCAGCAACACACUGUUCUUAUUUUAGAGAGCAUUGGCAUCAAAUGUGAAGAUCAAAGAGAUGGACCACGGUGGAGGGAUCCUGGAGCUACACACACAGGAGUUAAAGAUGCCCCACACCAUGAUCAUGCAAGACUUUGUGGCAGGAAUGAGGGGCCUGGCCCACAUCGAAGGGGAUCACAUUGUGGUGUCCAUGCCAGAGGGCAUGCUCCUGUCUGACGUCAUGACGGACGAAGGCAUUCUGCUGGAGCACGGCCUGGAGGUGGAGGGCCUUGAGACGGAGGUGGAGGGCCUUGAGACGGAGGUGGAGGGCCUUGAGACGGAGGUGGAGGGCCUUGAGACGGAGGUGGAGGGCCUUGAGACGGAGGUGGAGGGCGUGGAGACGGAGGUGGAGGGCCUGGAGACGGAGGUGGAGGGCCUUGAGACGGAGGGGACGGAGGUGGAGGGCCUGGAGACGGAGGGGACGGAGGUGGAGGGCCUGGAGACGGAGGGGACGGAGGUGGAGGGCCUGGAGACGGAGGUGGAGGGCCUGGAGACGGAGGGGACGGAGGUGGAGGGCCUGGAGACGGAGGUGGAGGGCCUGGAGACGGAGGUGGAGGGCCUGGAGACGGAGGUGGAGGGCCUGGAGACGGAGGUGGAGGGCCUGGAGACAACGGAGGUGGAGGGCCUGGAGACGGAGUUGGUGGAGCUGGAGACACAGAUGGUCGAGGGUCUCGAAGAAGACCUAGAGACGGAGGUGAUUGAAGGCCCUGACAUCGGCCACGAGCACUUGCUGGGUGCCGAAGUGGCUAUGGACUCUCACCACCACCACCACCUUCACCAUGUUCUAACCUCAGACCUCAUUCAGGGCUCAGUCCACCAUCACCACCACAUGCCAGACCAGCUCUUUGUGGAGCACCAGGAGGAGGAUGGGGUGGAGGGCUUGGACCAGGAGGUGCUGGUUGGGGAGGAGGUGGGGCAGGAGGAGACAGUGAUCCAGGCCCAUGAGGAGCUGGAGGUGGAGGCUGUCUCUCUGCAGACUGACGAGGAUGAGGAGGAUGUGAAGAGCACCUCGGAGGACUACCUCAUGAUCUCCUUGGAUGACGUUGGUGAGAAACUGGACAUAGGAGACACUCCUCUAGAGAUCACUACUGAGAUGAUGCAGGACGAUGGCUCCAACAAGGAGGGGUCAGAGGUCAUCAAGGUCUACAUUUUCAAAGCAGAGGCCGAUGACGAUGUGGAGAUAGAUGUGUCAGACAUGGCAGAGCAGGUGUACAUGGAGGUGAUUGUUGGAGAGGAAGAGACUUCAGCAGUCCAGGAGAACCAGCUAGAUGACUCUCCAAACAGCAAGAUGUUUGUCCCGGUCUCCUGGGCUGCUGCCUAUGAUAACAGUGUGGACACAGUGAAGAAUGGAGGGACCAGGCCCUACAUUCAGAUCAGAGACGGUCAGGGUACCAACAGAGCCCUCAAACAGAAGAUCAGGAAGAAGAAGAGGAAGGGAGAGACACGGCAGUGCCAGACCGCUGUGAUCAUCGGUCCAGACGGCAUGCCCCUGACCGUCUACCCCUGUCACAUCUGCGGUAAGAAGUUCAGGUCACAAGACUUCCUCAAGUGCCACAUGAAGAACCAUCCUGACCACCACCUUAAGAAGUACCAGUGUACCGACUGUGACUUCACCACCAACAAGAAGGUCAACUUCCACAACCACCUGGAGUCCCACAAGCUACUGGUUCAUCGCAGUGACAGAGACCGAACCUCUUCCCCAGAGUACCCGGACUACAACAGGACCACCCCAGAGUACCCAGAAUACAACAGGACCACCCCAGAGUACCCAGAAUACAAUAGGACCUACACAGAAUACACCCGGCGUUACCACGAAGACAGCCAGCUAGGAUCUAACAAGCUGAUCCUGAGGGACAAGGAGUCCAAACUGCACCACUGUAAGUACUGUGACUAUGAGACUGCAGAGCAGGGGCUCCUCAACCGCCACCUAUUGGCCGUUCACAGCAGGAACUUCGCCCACGUGUGCGUGGAGUGCACUAAAGGCUUCCGGCACCCGUCAGAGCUCAAGAAGCACAUGCGGACCCACACAGGGGAGAAGCCGUACUGCUGCCCGCACUGUGACUUUCGCUGUGCAGACCAGUCCAACCUAAAGACUCACAUCAAGAGCAAGCACGGUGCCGACCUGCCUUUUAAGUGUGGCCACUGCCCCCAGGCCUACGCUGACGAAGGGGAGCUGCAGCGGCACACAGAGAUGGUGCAGGGCCACAAGACCCACCAGUGUCCCCACUGCGAACACAAGAGCACCAACUCCUCUGAUCUAAAGCGACACGUCAUAUCUGUUCACACUAAAGACUUCCCUCACCAGUGUGACGUGUGUGAGAAGGGCUUCCACCGGCCCUCUGAGCUGAAGAAACACUCAGAGAUGCACAAGGGCAACAAGGUGCACCAGUGCAGGCACUGUAACUUCACGACCUCUGAACCUUUCACCCUCAGCAGACACAUCCUGUCCGUUCACACCAAGGACCUCCCCUUUAAGUGUAAACGCUGCCGGCGAGGGUUCCGCCAGUCCACGGAGCUGAAGAAACACAUGAAGACCCACAGCGGGAGGAAGGUGUACCAGUGUCAGUACUGCGAGUACAACAGCCCGGACGCUUCAGGAUUCAAACGCCACGUGAUCUCGAUCCACACCAAGGAAUACCCCCACUGCUGUGACUACUGCUGUAAAGGCUUCCGAAGGCCCUCGGAGAAGAGCCAGCACAUAGCCAGGCAUCACAAAGAUAUGUUGAUGGAGCGUUGUGAAUACAGUGACGACACAACGUUACCCGGAUAGAAACAGACUGCACACACUCGGUCUACGUAGACCUGAUUCACACGACAAAGGGGGAACACGUUUAGGAAGUUGAUAAGGAUGGAAUGGUACAUUUAGAUGGCUAGCGACGAUAACAUUCUGACUGACUGCUUCUCUUUUUCUACUGGUUGUAUAGAGUAGGAAUAGGUCUCACCAGACCCCCCCCAUUCCCUCUCCCCCAGGUGUAAUCAAACUAAGCAUAUUGUGGAAGUUGGGAGAAGAUUAAAACCAGGGUACAUGUAGUCUUUAUGUAUGUAUUUAUCUGCAGAGAGAGGAUUCACCAUAUGAUGAACAUUUAUUAUUCAGGGUCUCAAAUUAAGUCUAUUUUUUAUACAUGUUGAAACUCUGAGGUGGGGAAGACGGACGGUUAUUUGAGAACAUUCAGGCCUCUCUCUCUCUCUGUGUUUCUCUCUCUCUGUGUUUCUCUCUCUCUCUCUGUGUUUCUCUCUCUCUCUCUGUGUUUCUCUCUGUGUUUCUCUCUCUCUGUGUUUCUCUCUCUCUCUCUCUGUG